AUGCCAAUCAUGCGAUCUACAAAACGACCCACUGCGAAGACCAGUUCCGAUCGAGUGUACACAAAAAUCAUCAGUGAUCUCAAUGACGAAAUCGAUCAAUUGGCCCGACAAAAUCGAUCCUUGUCGGAGAACCUUUCGAGGUCGGAGAAUCAGAUUUCCAAUGACUGUGGCAAAGAGUACAAACUUGAUCAACAGAACAAAUCACUACUGGACGAAUUGUGUCAGGUGAGCAAAGAAAAUUUGGAUAUGAAAGCGGAUUUUCGGCGUCAACUCGAUGCUCUGACUGCGGAAAACAAUCGCCUACAUUUGGAAUUGGCCGAAGCUUUGCAUCAGCAAACGGAAUUGCAAGUCCAAACAAAGAAAACGGUACAAGAGAAAUCCACUCUGGAGCGCUCCUUGACCGGAAUUGAGCAACAAAUGCAAACUCGGGAGAACGACCUGGGUGGAAUGCGGAACCUGGUGCUUCGACUGGAAGAAGAUAAGAAACGGCUGGCUCAGCGAAUUGAGAAACUAACUGCUAAUGAACGUGCCCUGGUACUCGAGCUGGAGCGGCUAAAGCGUCAUGGUGGUCUGUCCUCAAGCAAAGGAAAAACUAUCAAUCGUUUGGAAGAACAUCUGGCCGGUAUCGAGGCGGAUCGAGAUUAUUGGAGAAACCAGGUCGAGCUGAUGCAGCAAAUGCUAGCCUAUCCAUCUCUUGUUGCCCGUAGUAAUUCUACAAGUCGUGUUAGUUCCCGUCUCAAAUCCAAGCCUCCAAGCGGUCAGAGCAAGUUGAAUUCAAAAAGCAAAGAGAGUACGCUUCAACACAAAGUGAGUUUACCAGAUACACGCAAGAUCACUUAA